AAGUUGUGGGAAUUUGCUGCAUUGAAUGCCAGUUCAGUGGCGACAGUGAGGAGGCGAGUCAAGUCUGCAGCAGCAGCUGUGUCGUGUUGGAACUUGGACUAUCCAGCAAGGGGCGCUGGCCUCUCACUGCCGCUCUCUUGGACUUCCUUUGGCAGGAGUUCAAUGUUUUUCAGUAGGAGCGCAGCCGCAGUGGGCUUCAUCCAAGACAUUAGAAAGGAAAUUCUCUAGCAGUGUGUACUACUAAUCUCCGUGUCUGUUAACUCGAUCCAGCAAAACGUUACAUUUUGUUUAUAUUACAACGAAGGUGUGACUAUGGCGACGCUGGGGUCCGAGCCCCAGCCACAUUCUCAACUCGCUUCGGGUAUUGUCCAAACUAAUAUGAACAGUUUGGGAUGCAGUAAUCUGCCACUGAACCGGGGUCUGGAAAGAGCUUUGGAAGAAGCUGCCAACUCUGGGCUUUUGAACCUCAGUGCGAGAAAAUUGAAAGAAUUCCCGAGGACCGCAUUAAACCACGAUCUCACUGAUACAGUCCAGGCAGACCUGUCCAAGAACCGCUUGACUGAAGUUCCUGUGGAAGUGUGCCAUUUUGUCUCGUUGGAGAUAUUAAAUUUGUAUCACAACUGUGUUAAAGUCAUUCCAGAUGCCAUUGUCAGUUUGCAUAUGCUGACAUACUUAAACCUGAGCCGAAAUCAGCUCUCUACGUUGCCAGCUUGCCUGUGUGGUCUUCCUCUAAAAGUCCUAAUAGCAAGCAACAACAAGCUGGGGGCCCUACCAGAAGAAAUCGGACAGUUAAAUCAGUUAAUGGAAUUGGACAUCAGCUGUAAUGAAAUCACGGCUCUACCCCAGCAGUUUGGGCAGCUGAAGGCACUCCGAGAGCUCAAUGUCAGGAGGAAUUACCUCAGCGUUUUACCGGAGGAUCUAGUGAGUCUUCCGUUGGUCAAGCUUGACUUUUCUUGCAAUAAAGUAGCAGUGAUUCCAGUCUGCUACAGGAAGAUGAGCCACCUGCAGACUCUACAGCUGGACAACAACCCUCUGCAAUCUCCCCCCGCACAGAUCUGUAUAAAGGGAAGGGAGCACAUAUUCAAGUACCUUUACAUGGAAGCCUGCAGGAUUGACAAGACUGCAGACUCGCUCUAUCUGCCAGUCAUAGGGAGGCUCAGCUUGUCCCAGCCUGCAGCCGGGAGCAUUGAAGAUAUCGAUCAAAGCAGAAAGCAGGACACUGAUUCUGGACUCGGCAGUGAUAAUGGAGAUAAGCGCUUAUCUGCAACAGAGCCUUCAGAUGAAGAUACUGUAAGCCUCAAUGCACCAAUGUCAAACAUCACAGAGGAAGAGAGCUUUAGUAAAGAGGACUCCAGCGAACAUAUGAACCAAUUUAAAGAGAAGCCUGAUCAAGAUUCUGUAAAACUGUUUGAAAACAAUAACCCUGAAGAGGGGCCGCAGGACAAGUUUGUGUACGGGGGGCCUGGUCUCAGCACUCCCUUUGUGACCUACAUGAAGGGGAGGGCAGCUGAGUUUGAUGAACCUCUCAGAAUAGAAGAAGACACAAGCUGGGCUACGGAGCCAAUGACAAAUCCACCCGAUAAUCAAGAGAUCCACAUAGAAAUGAUCAACCAGCUCCGAGAAGCAGUGGAAUUAUUACAAGAUCCAAACAGAUUAAACAUGAAUACUGAGGACAGCACAGGAGUCCAGUUAUACCCUGUCCAUACUGUUACCACAGAGAAUUUAAACUCAUCUGUAAAUGGUCAAACAUACCAAGACGUGUCUAUGACUCACACGAGAGAAAGUAUUGGUGGAGAGCUUGAGUUCCAGAAGAAGAGGGAAUUGAUUCUAGGAAAAGCCAGGGUUGAGGCCCAGCUUGCAUGCCAGCGGUUUGAGAGACAAAUGUCAAACCAGAGUAAUUCAGAGACACUGGAUGGACAGAAUGAUGUGAGAAGAGCCUCUGUGGAUGGGGGUGAAGACAAAACUCCAGCUUCUUCUCCCACUACAAACACUCCAUUUGGCUUGAAGCCUCGAUCUGUAUUCUUAAGGACACCAAGAAAAUUAGAGUCCAUGGACCCGCAGUUUACAAUCCGCAGGAAGAUGGAACAGAUGAGAGAAGAACUGGAUCUCAUGGAUCAGCUCCGUGAGAACAUCGAGAGCAGGUUGAAGGUGGUUUUACCCGCGGACCUGGGAUCGUCGCUGAUGGACGGGGUAGUUCUUUGCCACUUAGUCAAUCACAUUCGCCCCCGAUCGGUGGUCAGCAUACACGUCCCAUCGCCAGCAGUGCCUAAACUAAGCAUGGCCAAAUGCAGGAGGAACGUGGAGAAUUUCUUGGAUGCCUGCAGAAAGAUGGGAGUACCGGAGGAGAAAUUAUGUCUGCCCCAUCACAUACUUGAAGAGAAAGGCUUGGUUAAAGUGAGCAUAACCAUCCAAGCGCUGAUAGAUGUGUCCACAACCAUACAGGCCUUGUUUACAUGAAAAUCAAGUAAGGCCAACCGGACACUGAGUUCAGAACGCUGCCUACAGCAGAGUGGCACACAACCCAUGUGGGUUUGCAGAAACGUGUGCAGCCAAAGUGAACCAGUGAACCAACAGCUAUCGCCUCUAUACCUCCUGAAAGACCAUUGUUUUAAGAGACAUUAUUAUACUUUUUUUCUUAUUUUAAAACUAAAAGGACAGUAUUUCCACAACUUUAAUAGUAAUCAGAUUUUUAACAGUGAAUUGCUAUGUAAAGAUACAGGUGCUGCAAGUUAUGUAUAGCUGUUGGUGCUCACAAAGAUUAACCAGGAAGACUACACAUAACUUAGUCAAGGUUUCCCAUUGCAGCAGUAAUAUAUCGCUAUAGAAACUGCUUUUUAUCAAGCUUUUUGGGGUAUUGACAGUCUAUAACCUGUUCCAGUAUCACAAGAUACUUAUUUAAAUUAUUUAUAGAUGAUGUUUAUUCAUCCGUGAGGAUUAAGGUGUAUACGUCACAAAAAAAUGUAUCGGAAAACUGCUUUUUUUUAUAUGGUUAAGUUUUAAUUCUAUUAAUAUAUAUUUUCAGAUGAAGUUUCAUAGGUAAUAUGAGUACAACUUGCAAGGUUAUGUUCUGUAAACAUGUGAAAUUAUUAGGAUUUUUUCUUUUUUUUUUCCAGUGUGUCUCAGGAGACAGUGAUUGACUUGUAUUGUUUCACUUCAUUCCAUGCUGUUUCCAGCAUUCCAGGUUUUGCUCAACACAACCUGCCCCACUUAUACAAUGAAUAUGUUUUGGGAACGAGUGAAUGCAGGCUUUUGAAAACAUGCCUUUUAUUUUUGAAAGCUGUGUAGGGCCGCAGUUCGCUCUUGCGGAUGGAGAUGGGGAUUAAGAGCCAGCGAAUUCAGGGGUUUGGAUCUCAGCUGUGGGAGUGGGGUGCCUCAGUUCCACCUAGCUGAAACAUGGGUUAAGACCCACUGGAAUUUAAGUUACUAUCUCUGUUGGGCUAUCCUAGAUCAUUUCUAAAUAUAUUGUGAAGGUUUUUAUUGUUAGUGUUAUAAAGCGUACAUGUAUGAAAUGGCACAACCCUAUCCCCAUUUUGGCCACAAAUGUGGACUGAAUGGGUAUAACCAAAAAAGCAAUAUACUUCCAUAUAAUGUCAAAUAAUUGUGAUCUUGAAGUGUUAACUUUUGAACACUGUAUAAAGUGUAAAUAUAAGAAAAAAAACAAGUAAUACAAGGACUGGAAUAAAGUAUGGAUUCUGUAUAGGUACAGUACAAGCUGGCUGUGUCAGUUACAUAAAUCACAAAUGUAAGGAUGAAUGUAACUGCUGAUAAAUAUGAAUUCAAUUUUUCAUGACGUGAUAAUCUCAUAGUUGAAAAAAAACAUGAGAUUUCAGACUCAAAUUCAACCAGUUAAUUGUCUGAAAUAAAACAGCCUUCUGUAGGGGUAACCUGGCAAUUAGAACCAUUUUUACACAUUUGAAUUUCACAAAAACAGAAUGACAUGCUUGAAAAUGUUGCACAAUGUAUAUUUGUGUUUACUAAAGGCACUGCGAAACAGUAAAAACUGGUUAUGAAUAUGUCACAAAAAGGCAAAAAGUGUUCUAAAUGGGGCUAUCUUUUAAAAAUGUUUUAUUAAUGUGCAGUUUAAUUAAGCUUGGUGUCCUAAGAAAAAAACUACUUCAGGAUUCAGCAGCAGAAUCUAAUUCAAUUAUGCAUAUGUUUUUCUUGCUAGCUGCCAAAUUGACAUAAAGAAAUGUCAUGUGUCCAGCAAAUGAAAGAGAUAUUGUAGACCGGAGCAGAUUUCUUUAGAAAGUAAAAGCAAACGUUAUAUAUACAGUAGAUUGUUGGUGUAGGUAGUUGUAAGGUUUCGAUCAAGACAGGUAUGUAGUCAGUGACAAUAAAUGGAGCUGCAAAGUGAUACUGGUUUGUGAAGGGUAGAUAUUAUGAGUACAGUAUUAAAUACACUAAAGUUAUGAUUAAAUAAUCCUUAGACCCGUCUUCACUGGGGACUCGUCACAUUGGCUCAGGCACGCCCGUGGGUUAGGGAGGUAAAACCAGCAGGGACUGUUUCUCCUCACUGCUGGCUAGGCGCCCAGUGAGCUCAGAGAGGUCAAGUUCCUGGGUGAAAAAGGAAGCUGGCUUGGUCGUGAGAUCGGAGGACACCCACUGAAUCUUCGGGUCUCCUGAGCCGUGUGGGGAACUGCUGCGGUGAGGGGAAAAGCGAUUGGGCAUUCCAAAUCGGGAGAAAAUCAGGGGGGAAAACAAUUUUUGGACACACUAAAAUGAAAAAUUAUCAAAAUCCAAUGUUGGCCUUGUUGACGCAGUAUUUUCAGUACCAGUGCAUGCAGUCAUGAGUCAAGCAUAACUUCCUGUAACAAAUGACAGUCUUAACUACAAAAGAUAUUUCUGAUACACUUUUAGCUGGCUUUACUUGAUGGUGUAUAUUUUAAAUUUGUAUAUAUAUUGUAGAUUUUAACAAUGGGAUUGACUGGGCAGGGAACAGGAAGCACAGUUGCUUGGGUUGUCACCAUGAAUGGACUCUUAGUUAUCCAUAACUUGGCCUGUAACUAAGGUUCCAUGGUUGGCGAAGUCUUGUUCCUGUAAAACCAACAAAAGAAAAACCCCACCAUUUAAAACUCAGUUCAAGCUAUUUGACUACAAUUUGUAAAUUUGACUUGAAAAAUCAAACACAGAUAUAUUGAUGGGUUAAAUCAUGUUCAUCUUUGUAUGCAAACCUGAAUUCCUGGUUGUUGCAUUGAUAUAACUGUUAAUAGUUACAGCCAGUUGUUUCGGCCUGCAUUAUUCAGUUUAUCAAAUCAAUUUGUGAGAGUUUUGUUUGUAUUGCUUGUUACAUUUUAUUUUUCAGUAAUAAUUGUACACCGACAAUAUCCAGGAUAAUACUACAGCACAUAAAUGCAGGUGAAAAAAUAGCAGAGUAAACAAACGCAUCAGCAUUUAUUGUUGAAAAUAACAGCUUGCUUUACUACAUUCAGUUUUAAAUUUGUACCAAGUGGCAGCUAGCACCUUUAUGAAAUGACCUGCACUUUAAAAACUAAAUUGUUUGGUGAUCUGUACGGAUUGCAGAUAUUCAUAUUUUGCUAAGUGUUUGUGUAAUCUAAAGUAACAAAAAUUGAUAUAUUAAUUUAAAAAUAGAUGAAAUUAGUAGAUUGGUAGUUGUAUGCAAACUGCUGUAUCUUGUGUAGGAACAUGUUUUCCUGCUAGUUUGCUUUAAUGUAUAUAAGAUGACAUUGCAUAUUCAUGGUUUAUAUAUAUUUCUUUGUUUUACUGGGGUUUAUGCAUUUGUUUAAAGUUGGCUGUAUAAUACAAUAAAUAUGAAAAUAUCUUCAAUAUUUUGUAAUACUGCUUUUUAUGCAACUUUCAUGAGUAUGGCUAUUAGGACUUUUAAACAGUCUUUGUACAGCAUUCAUAU